ACCCUCUCUUCCCCAACUCUUAUUUUCACUGCCAACCCUUGAUUCCAUCUCUACUCUACUUCAAUACUUGAAACACAGAGAGAGAUCUAGCUAAAGCUACUAGCUAGCCAAUGGCCAUCAGUCCCCAAACCCUGGCUUUUGUCUUUGGCCUUUUAGGCAACAUUAUCUCGUUUAUGGUGUUCCUAGCUCCACUGCCAACAUUUUAUAAGAUAUACAAGAAGAAGUCGGCGGAAGGGUAUCAGUCUGUACCUUAUGUGGUUGCGCUUUUUAGUGCUAUGCUUUGGAUUUACUAUGCUCUUCUCAAAACAAACGCAACCUUUCUCAUUACCAUCAACUCCUUUGGCUGUGUCAUUGAGACUCUUUACAUCCUUCUUUUUAUUUUCUACGCCCCAACAAAGUUAAGGUUCCAAACGGCUAAGGUGAUAUUGUUGUUAAAUGUGUUGGGGUUCGGGUUGAUGCUGGCUUUGACAAUGGUGUUGGCCAAAGGAGAGAAGCGUCUCAAAGUUCUUGGGUGGAUAUGCUUGGUGUUCAAUCUCAGUGUCUUCGCUGCACCCCUUUUCAUCAUGGGAAAAGUGAUAAAGACGAAGAGCGUGGAGUACAUGCCUUUUGCGCUCUCAUUCUUUCUCACACUGAAUGCAGUCAUGUGGUUCUUUUAUGGCCUUCUUCUCAAAGACUAUUACAUUGCGCUACCAAACGUGGUUGGCUUCGUGUUUGGCAUAAUUCAGAUGAUCCUCUACGUAAUAUUCAAGAAUUGUGGUGCAAACAAAGGCAAUAAUAAUAUCCCAAUCAAGGAUCAGGCGGCCGCUGUAGCAAAGCCGCCGCAGCUUCACGAAUUGUCGGAACAAAUAAUCGAUGCCGUCAAACUUGGAACCAUGGUUUGCACAGAACUAAACCCUGUCGCGGUUCUUCAGCCAAACGUCGACGUGGUCGACGUCGUGGUAGAAGCCGUCAUCGACAAUAUUCAAAAGAAGAAAGAUCAAGACAUCAUAACUAACUAAUUGAAUGCCAAAUGCACCGGUCACCGGUCAAAUCAAUUAAUUGCUGUUCUUAGUUUAGUUUAGUUUAGUUUAGUUUAGUUUUAAUUUGGGUUCAUGGUUGGUUCACUACUAAUUAGUAAUUAGUAUAGACUAUAUAGUAUAGUAAGUAGUAUUAUUGUGUUUGUUUUGUUUGUAGCCUCCACCUCCGACGUCGUAUCGUAACCCACAAAAUGUACAAAGAGAGGCCUUAAACCCAAUCCCCAUGUCCGGUGGGGCCUCUCUUUCAUAUCUCUAUGUUUGCUGUUUGUAUUAUUGUAUUUGUAAUCAUUUCUAACUU